UAAAUCAUCCUGGAAGUAUGAUGAAUAGAAUAUAUUGUAAUCUUACACUAAAUUAAUCACACUUUUCUGGUUCAUUACAUGUAUAUUAAAUUCAGCACCAUUUUACCUUUAAUUUACAUGAAAUUUAAAACGGAACCAUUGACCUAUGCUUUCAACUUUCAAAUGGACUAGAGUAUAAUGCCCUACUUACAGUCUGUAUAGUGUAGUAUGAAUGCUGCAUUGUGUGAAGAAAUUGUGACCCUUUAGCAUCAUAUAAGAUUAGUACCAUUUUAUACGUGGAUUUAAAACUAACUUUAUGAUCAUUAUUUUAAAUGCAUAACUCAGAGUGAAAGAAAAAGAGAGUAGAAAAAUGAUACAGUGAAAGUAUUGCUACAGUGCUCCUCUUUCUCCCAGAAAAUGGAGGUUCCUUCUCCCACAGGAUCUGUCCUGCCAAGCCCCCUGGGAAAGGGGCCAGCGUGGGAUUACUCUCCAACCUGCCAGACUGUCUGGCGAUUGCUGCACACCAUGGGCCAGGUGUGAUCAGCAGAUCCAAGAUAUGCCCGUCCCCCAGAAUGACCCACAGCUGGCAUGGGGUUGUAUAAGUGGCCUCCAGCAGGAAAGGAGCAUGUGUACUCCAUUGCCAGUUGCAGCACAAUCCACCACUCUUCCCUCUUUAAGUGGCAGACAGGUUGAAAUAAACCUAAAACGAUAUCCAACUCCUUACCCAGAGGAUUUAAAGAAUAUGGUAAAAUCUGUUCAAAAUUUGGUGGGUAAGCCAAGCCAUGGAGUGCGUGUUGAGAAUUCAAAUCCAACUGCUAACACGGAGCAAACUGUGAAAGAAAAAUAUGAACACAAGUGGCCGGUAGCCCCAAAGGAGAUUACAGUGGAGGAUUCUUUUGUUCAUCCAGCUAAUGAAAUGAGGAUUGGGGAACUUCACCCUUCAUUAGCUGAGACCCCUCUGUACCCACCCAAACUUGUUCUGCUAGGGAAGGACAAAAAAGAAUCAACUGAUGAGUCUGAAGUUGACAAAACUCACUGUCUGAAUAACAGUGUUUCCUCAGGCACUUACUCAGACUACUCGCCUUCCCAGGCUUCCUCAGGAUCCUCUAAUACGCGGGUUAAAGUGGGGUCCUUGCAGACAACAGCUAAAGAUGCAGUACAUAAUUCUCUGUGGGGUAACAGGAUUGCACCAUCUUUCCCACAGCCUCUUGAUGCAAAGCCAUUACUCAGCCAGCGGGAGGCUGUUCCCCCAGGCAAUAUACCACAGCGUCCUGACCGGCUGCCCAUGAGUGAUACUUUCACUGACAACUGGACUGAUGGCUCGCAUUAUGACAACACAGGGUUUGUUGCUGAGGAAACCACAGCCGAGAAUGCCAACAGUAAUCCUCUGUUAAGUUCGAAAUCUAGAAGCACAUCCUCGCAUGGACGCAGGCCUUUGAUCAGGCAAGACAGGAUUGUUGGUGUUCCCCUGGAACUCGAGCAGUCUACACACAGACACACACCAGAAACAGAAGUGCCUCCUUCCAAUCCUUGGCAGAAUUGGACCAGAACCCCUAGUCCGUUUGAAGACAGGACCGCUUUUCCUUCCAAAUUAGAGACAACCCCCACUACCAGCCCGUUGCCUGAAAGGAAAGAACAUAUAAAGGAAUCUACUGAAAUACCUAGUCCUUUUUCUCCAGGCGUACCAUGGGAGUACCAUGAUUCCAAUCCCAACACGAGUCUUAGUAACGUCUUUUCUCAAAUCCACUGCCGCCCGGAAUCUUCUAAAGGUGUUAUUUCAAUUAGCAAAAGCACAGAGAGGCUUUCCCCCCUAAUGAAAGAUAUCAAGUCUAAUAAAUUCAAAAAGUCACAGAGUAUCGAUGAGAUUGACAUUGGUACAUAUAAGGUGUAUAACAUACCAUUAGAAAACUAUGCUUCUGGGAGUGAUCACUUAGGAAGCCACGAACGACCAGAUAAGAUGCUGGGGCCAGAGCAUGGUAUGUCCAGUAUGUCUCGAAGCCAGUCAGUCCCGAUGCUGGAUGACGAGAUGCUCACCUACGGAAGUAGUAAAGGGCCACAACAGCAAAAAGCUUCUAUGACAAAAAAAGUCUAUCAGUUUGACCAAAGCUUCAAUCCUCAAGGAUCAGUGGAAGUGAAAGCCGAAAAGAGGAUACCACCCCCUUUUCAACACAAUCCCGAGUACGUGCAACAGGCCAGCAAAAACAUCGCCAAGGAUUUGAUCAGUCCCAGAGCUUACCGAGGAUACCCACCCGUGGAGCAAAUGUUUUCGUUUUCUCAGCCAUCUGUGAAUGACGAUGCUGUGGUGAAUGCCCAGUUCGCAAGCCAAGGGGCCAGGGCAGGCUUCCUGAGAAGGGCCGACUCCCUGGUGAGCGCCACAGAAAUGGCCAUGUUCAGAAGGGUCAAUGAGCCUCACGAGCUGCCCCCAACUGAUAGGUACGGCAGACCCCCAUAUAGGGGAGGGCUGGAUCGCCAAAGCAGCGUUACAGUGACUGAGUCCCAGUUCCUGAAAAGGAAUGGCAGGUAUGAAGACGAACACCCUUCAUAUCAAGAAGUGAAAGCUCAGGCGGGCAGUUUUCCGGUUAAAAACCUUACCCAAAGGAGGCCAUUGUCUGCAAGAAGCUACAGUACAGAGAGUUACGGUGCCUCCCAAACCAGGCCAGUUUCAGCUAGGCCUACUAUGGCAGCUCUUUUGGAAAAAAUACCAUCUGACUAUAACUUGGGUAACUAUGGUGACAAGCCAUCAGAUAACAGUGAUUUAAAGACGAGGCCUACUCCUGUGAAGGGAGAGGAGAGCUGUGGUAAAAUGCCUGCAGACUGGAGACAACAGCUGCUUAGACAUAUAGAAGCUAGACGGUUAGACAGGAAUGCUGCUUACAAACACAAUACAGUUAACCUUGGCAUGCUGCCCUAUGGAGGUAUUUCAGCAAUGCAUGCAGGCAGAAGCAUGACUUUAAACUUGCAGACUAAGUCUAAAUUUGAUCAUCAAGAACUACCUCUUCAGAAAACCCCGUCCCAGCAAAGCAACAUUUUAGACAAUGGACAAGAAGAUGUAUCUCCUAGUGGCCAAUGGAAUCCUUAUCCACUUGGGAGGCGGGAUGUACCUCCGGACACCAUUACUAAAAAGGCAGGCAGCCACAUCCAGACAUUGAUGGGGUCCCAAAGCCUUCAGCAUCGCAGCCGGGAGCAGCAGCCAUAUGAAGGAAAUAUAAACAAAGUGACCAUCCAGCAAUUUCAGUCACCAUUGCCUAUUCAGAUCCCCUCUUCACAGGCCACCCGGGGACCUCAGCCUGGACGGUGCUUAAUUCAAACUAAAGGGCAAAGGAGUAUGGAUGGAUAUCCAGAGCAGUUUUGUGUGAGAAUAGAAAAGAACCCUGGCCUUGGAUUUAGUAUCAGUGGUGGAAUCAGUGGACAAGGAAAUCCAUUCAAACCUUCUGACAAGGGUAUCUUUGUUACUAGGGUUCAGCCUGAUGGGCCAGCAUCAAACCUACUGCAGCCUGGUGAUAAGAUCCUUCAGGCAAAUGGACACAGUUUUGUACAUAUGGAACAUGAAAAAGCUGUAUUACUACUGAAGAGUUUCCAGAACACAGUAGACCUAGUUAUUCAACGUGAGCUUACUGUCUAAAUAUUUUUUAUAAAUAGUGAAGAUACGUCUAGCCAGACCUAAUGUUCAAAAAUAAAUUUAUACAUAGAAACAAAUUUUGCCAAUUGCUGGACCAAUGGCAAACAUUAGUGCCAAAUGUAUAAUACUAUAUGUUAGCACUGACCAUCCUUAAAAAUGUUAACUCUAUAAAUACGAUGUUCAUGUGGUUAUGUAUUAGUUUUAAUUGUCAGCCUCUGGCUGUGCAUUGGUGCAGUUUUGUUUCUGUUUCUGUUUUUGUUUUUAAUCAAAUAAGUUUCUCCUCAAAGUGGAUUUCAUAUAAUUUCGGAGCACGGAAGCACACACAAGCUCUUUAUGAAUUCUGCUCUCCAUCAGAAACACUGCCUCAAAGUUGUAUAUGCCUUUAUAUAGAAAAUACAAAUAUAAAGAAUUGUAAUUCCCAUAAAAUAUUUCUAGCACAAGGUAUAUGUUGGCAUAUAUACAAAAAGAAUAUAGAGAAAAACAAUAUUUUCAUAAACUAAACAUCUCAGAUAGAGAAAAAAUAUAUCUUAAAAUAAGACUUUACUAUAUUGAAUCUUUUUCAAUAAAAAUUACAUGAUAAUGCCUUAUGAAAGUAACUGUACAUAUGGUAUAAAGUGUUUAUAUUUGGUUCCAUAUUCAUUUGCUAAAUUCUCAUGGCACAGAGUGAAAUAUUUCAUAAAUUAGCCAUUUAUCUCUGGUACCCGAAUAAAAAUAGGAUGAACUAAUUUGUUCAAUGCCUUUAGCUAAUUACAAUACAUGCAGAGUUUAGAAACAGACUAAAGGUCAUUGUAGUUAAGUCUUUUUCACCACAAAUUUAAGCAGUGGAUGAUGGGUGGCAGGAAAGGUAUUGCUUUAUUUCUUUCAAGUUCAUGUUGAUUAUAAACUGUAGCCCCUGUGAUUUCUUUACUUGUAAAUGUGGAAUUUAUUUGUGUGUUGCUUAAUCUAAUUUGCUACUUUUUAAAUUAUUUAAAAUGAGUUUUGGAAAUUGAUAAAAUUUAUCAUUAUGAAAGACUGCUGUUAGAAAGUUAUGGUAGGUGAUUUUAAAUCCUUGGUAUUUAAAUAUGAAACUUCAAAUAUAAUUUCUCAGAGCUGUGGUCUACCUGUAUCAUUAAUUUCAAUGGCUGUUUUUCUGGGCAGAAAUAGAUAAAAUACUUUUUUUUCCAAAAACAGUUUCAAGGUGUGUAAAAUCCUGAAUGCUUUUUCACUGGAGAGAAAGACAAGCAUGGUUAAUGUAGAAUUAUUUACUUUUCCAUUGAAACUAUUUUCCUGCAUAAAUGAUCAACAUUUAUUUUAUAAUCCUUCAAAAUAUUUAUCUUUCAUAUUAGUCAUUAAUUUAAUUACAAUAUUAACUUGAAUUUCCAGGAUAAUUUCCCGGAGUUGGUUGCAUGCAUUCUCUUUCAUAACUUUACACAGUUCUUUUGUUAUAUAAUGAAUUUACGUGCCAGUGUUUCAAGUAUUGUAUGAGGAUUUUCACAAUAGUAUCAUUGAACGAUGUCACCAAAGCUCUGAGAAUAAUAUUUGUAAGUUAACUGUUUUAUGGGGACAUUGAAAAUAUUGUAUUUUUGUAGGGUCUAUUAAAAUGAGUGUCACUUAUUAGAA